UUGUGCGUACACGGUGGCUGAGGAGCGAGUGCAGGCAGCCCGUUCGCGUAUUAUAGCGGGAUCAGCGAGGCGCGGCACAGUCGAGGCGCUCGACCCACCGGCGCGUAAAACGGACAGACACCGGGGGGGACGUCGUGCGCGCGUGUGUUUCCGAGCAAGAUCACCUCUUGAAAGUAACCGGAGGAGUGAAAUAGAGGAGAGAGGAACAAACACCCGAGGCAGUCCAUCUUAGUCAUUUAGAAAUAGCUCUCCGUUGGAUUCAUAUAACUCGUACGCGCAAAUCUCACUAAGACAUGUCUGCCCCAGCCUCUGCCGGCGCACCUGCCCCAGAGGGAGGCAAUCAGCCCCCUCCAAACCUCACCAGUAACCGUCGCUUACAGCAGACACAGGCUCAAGUGGAUGAGGUGGUGGACAUCAUGCGCGUGAAUGUGGACAAGGUCCUGGAGAGGGACCAGAAGCUGUCGGAGCUGGACGACCGGGCUGACGCGCUGCAGGCCGGGGCCUCCCAGUUCGAGACCAGUGCCGCCAAGCUGAAGAACAAGUACUGGUGGAAGAACGCCAAGAUGAUGAUUAUCCUAGGAGUGAUAUGUGUGAUCGUGCUCAUUGUGAUCAUCGUCUACUUCAGCACCUAAGCGGGAAGUUUCCUACCCCAGCCUGCGUUCAUGACCACCCAAUCCACAAUAAUUGAAUUAUCUACCCCCAGAGUGUAAAUCUGCACCCGUGAUGAACCCUGCGACAUCCUGCCGCCCUCAGCCCCCCGCUCCCCAAAACAUCCUCUACUGCCCGUGAGCAGGACCCCAGUCCCUCUGCAUCCCCGCGUCUAUCCUGUGAGUGUGUGGUCGUGUUUCCUCUGUAAAUAAUCCCCUGCUUUUCUCAGAUAUUGUUCACACACUUCAAAUGUAAUGAAAACAGAGAAAGCAAAUGGCGACCUUGGAAAUUAUUGGUAUAUAAAAUCUAUGGUAUAUACAAA